GGAUUGACAAGGCUGAGCCCCUUUGAUUACUCUUAAAACACACAAGUAUGCAAUGAACUCCCCUCUCCCGGUUUCGACAGUAAACAACAUUCCAGGGCUCCUGCUUCAUCUCCUCCCCGGCCCGGCACCACUUUCUGUUGUUGUUUUACUGGAGGAUUUUACAGCAAAUUCCAGACAGGUUCCAGACGGCAUCUUAUCUGUGAGGACUUCAGCACAGAUCUCUGGUCUGCAAACCCUGGGUUGAGAUGUAUCACGAAAUCCACCGGGCGGGCUGUGAUCGAGGACUAACGACCAAACAGACCAGAAGAGACUGUAAAAUCUGUGCAGAGUCAGGCGGACGUGAAGUGUCUUCCUGGUGGGGCGCAGCUCCAGGGGGGUUGGGAAGCCCAGACACCGGGUGGCUCCGUGCAGCCCUCUCUGUGGCUUGCGUGUGAUGGUCAGGACCUCAGAGCGGCGGGACCCCUUGGCGGGCAGGGCUGGGGACCGGACAGCCAGCGUGGGCGGGGCUGGCUGGGAGAGAGAUGGAGGCCGGGUCUGCUCCACCCGCCCCCACCCCUGGAAGCUGUGUCUUCUUGGGAUUCCAGAACGUUCCAUGCUGUGUCUUCUUGGGAUUCCAGAAUGUUCCACGUCUGCCUGGUGGCUGUACGGGCAGGCUCCAGAGUCCAAAGUUCUGGAUUCGAACCCCUGCUCUGCUGCUGGCGACCUGUUUGAUCCUGCCGGUGGAGACAUCGACAUGGGGCUGAAGCUGUCCUGCCUGAAAGGUGCUGCUCAGUUAAUACCAGUUUGCUGCAGCGGCAGCGGCAGCCACGACGAGGCCCCCGUGCUGAGCGGCAAGCACCUGGACGUGCCCGACAUCAUCAUCACGCCCCCGACCCCCACGGGCAUGAUGCUGCCCAGGGACUUGAGGCAGACAGCCUGGCUGGACGAGUCGGGGUCCUGCACGGAUGACGGAGAAACCGAGCCCGAAGCCUGAGAAGUCCCAGGGCGGGGAUUUGCACGCGGCUCCCGCUCCAGUGCCCCUUGCCCCGGAGUCUGGGGACGCGCCUGGCUGCCUGGGGCAGGUGUGGACAGAACGGACGCUGGGUGAACCCGGCCCCCUGCAGGAGCGGUGCGGCAGGACCGGCGAGGAAUCCGGCCCGCCCGCUUCCAGAACGUUGUCUCCCAGGCCCCGCGCAGCAGCGGACCAGACCUCCGACCCCCUACAGAGGUCGCUCCUGCUGACCCCAGCGUGGCAACAGGUGGCGCCGUGGUGAUGGCUGCCGGGCUCCCGGGGAGGGGCUCCCUCCUGGACAGAUGUCCCCCCAGCGGACACAAGGCCCCAGGGUCAACACAGACGAGAACUUCUUGCGAGAGGAGUGGCCCCGUUUUCUACACGUUGUUUUACAGAGACUGGAACAGUC